AUGUCUCUGUGGUCCAUCUAUCCGAAUGAAGACGACCCGACUCUUGAACCUGAGGAAUUGAAAGAUACAGAAGCUGAUGCAUCCAACGUAUCCGGAAUAUCCAUGCCGCUUUUGGGUGUAUCCAAAUCAUCCAUUCUAUCCAGCGGACUUGGCCAAAUAUCCAACGUGAACAUUGACAGCGAGACGUACCGGCUAAACUUAGAUGUCCGGCAGUUUUCGCCGGAGGAAAUAUCUGUUAAGACUAUUGACGGAUUUUUGGUCAUAGAAGCAGGUCAUGUGGAUGAACUUGAGGAGAAUGCUUCAGUGACGCGACGCUUUGCUGCCCGCUAUGCUCUACCAGCAGGCUGCAAUACAGACGGUCUAACAUCAUUCGUUAACUCAGAUGGAAUGCUUACGAUCACUGCCCCUUUAGACGUAACGCACGCCGCGGCUACUAUAUCGUUGAUAGAAUCUGCUGCGAUGUUGUCAGAAGUAAAGGCAAUACAGUCUGCUACUGGGUCGCAAUCAGAAGCAAAGAAUUCGAAGGACCAACCGCCUGCUAAAUCAAGUCAAACAUCAAAAGAUGUAGACCAACCAGAUUCUAUGCUAUCCAUUUUAGCAGCAACUUCAAUGUAA